AUGCCGCUGCUGGAAGAUGAAUCCACUACGGUUGAGAAUGACGAGUCGACUUCAGAAAUCACAGGAGAGAAUAAAGAAACGAGAGAAACGAAAGAGGAGGUUCUGUUGAUCGUGUAUGGCAUCAAGAGCACAGAAGUGGAGCAAACGGAAGCGGAUGAAAAAUAUGGAAACUUUCCUUGUGCGCAACCAAGCCCUCUGAGAAAAUGUUGGACUCUUGUUGCGGAGGACAGUAAGGUACCCGAGUGUGGGGGCGAGGGUAGUGAUUGA